UCCUCUUCAAUCUCUCUUCUUAUAUAAUGCCAUUCAACCCUCAUGACCACCACCACCACCACUAUCAUCAUCAUCUCUUCACAACUCCUUCCCAAACACCAUCACCAUCAUCAUCAAGUUAUUAUUGGAGAAAAGAAACAUGAAUGGGAAGAGCCCAAAGUUGGAGUUGAAGCUGAACCUAUCACCACCAAGGAGGGGAGUGCAGGACCAUCAAGAGAGAGAGAGGAACAUAACUCACCAAACAAAUCAUCUCCAAUGUCUCCAAGAUCACCACAAAGUUCAUGCUUAUCAUCAGAGAGUGAUCAAGGGAUGAAACACUACUCCAGCAGCCCUGAAACAGCAUCCAUGGUGCUUGCUGGCUGCUCAAGGUGCUGA